GAUUGAACCAAGUCGACCUGCCUCCGUGCUCGACACCAGCUCCUCGGCACAGCUCGGAUUUUGCGGGCAGCCAUGUUCGGAUUUUUCGGGCAGCGUAACGACAACAAGACGCCGCCCAGAAAGAACGCGAAUGCUCGAGCCGCGGCUGGUACCAAGAAACCGCGAACCUCGGGUGCUGACGUGGCAUCGGGGGGAGACGCCACAUCGGAAGGAAGCGAUGUGGGGAGCAUCUUAAGCGAAUUAGGUAUUUCGAUCGAUGACGGCGCCACCGCGGACUCUAUGCGCGCGCAGGCCAAGGAGCAGCGCGCCAAAUCUGCCGCCAUGCGCGAAGCGGGGCUGUACGCGCGCGCGCAGAAGGCGGUAAAAGCCGCGCGGGAGCUGGAGAAGCGCGCCAAGGACAAAGAGGAGUCCGCCGCAAUCGCCGCCGCGCUUUCCGCAGCUUCCAGGGAAGCGGAAGCGAUAGCAGGGGAAGCGGUGGCGCGCGGAAACGUGUUACGCGCAGCCGCUGGGGCGCGCGGGGCGGGCGGAAGGCGCGUGGCGGAAACGAGAUCCCUCGAGGCGGAGGCGGAGGUCCGAUUCGCGGAGAAGGGGAAGGCGGCGAGGGCGGUUAAAUCCGGAUCUGCUGGCGCCAGAGCAGGGGGGGAGCGCAAGAGCGCGGCGGCGGAGGGAGUAAAAGCGGAGCGGAAGGGCCUAGCGCGGCUGCAGGCGGGGGGGGACGACGACGGGGAGCUCAUGGCGCAGCUCCGCGAGAUGGGUUGGGCGGAGCCAGCAGGGGGGAAGGGCGGAGCGGGCGGAGGCGGUGGAGACGGGCUUUUGGCGGGGCUUGAUGACGUGGAUGGCGGGGGGGAGGAGGACGAGGUAAGCGCGGCGCGAGAAGCGGCAGAAGCGCAGGUGUUGGAGUUAAAGCGCAAGGCGCGGCAACUUAAGGGGCAGGGGCAGGUUCAGGAGGCGCUAGCGGAACUAAGAAAGGCUAAGAAGCUCGAGAAAGAAAUAGAAGACGGGUCGUUCUUAUUAGGGUUAGCGGACGGAGGGGAGGGGGGGCAUGACGACGAGGAGAAGAGAUUAUUAGCCAGUCUUGGGCUGACAAGUGUUGAUGACGUGGCACUUUCGGAUGAGGAAGGGGAGGAGGGAGAGGGAGUGAGAGAGGGAGAGGGAGAAGGAGAGGGGGACGGAGAGGAGGAGGAGGAGGUGGAUAUCGCAGCAUUGCAAGCGGAGGCGUUGGAGUGGAAGAGGAAAGCGCUGGGCUUUAAGAGAGAGGGGCGUAUGGGGGAGGCCAUGGCGGCUUUAAAGCAGGCCAAGGGGCUAGAGGCGCGGAUAGAGGCUGCUAUAGUGCUGGCAGCAGGAGGGGCGUCCAUGGGGCGCGAUGCUGGGUCAACCGCAGGGCUAGCAGGAGUGGCAGCGGCAGCUUCAGUGGCCGCAGCAGCAGCAGCACAAGCACCGCCAGCGCCAGUGCCAGUAGCGCCACCAGCAGCAGCACCAGCAGAAGCAGGAGCAAGAGUGCCAGUAGCAGUGGCAGGAGCAGCAGGAGGGGGAGCCGGAGCAGGCAAGCCAGCAGCAGCAGCAACACCACCGGCAGCAGCAGCAGCAGCAGCAGCAGCAGCGCCAGCAGCUUUGGAGGAUAUGGACGAGAGAAUCCGUGCGAUACUAAUGAGUGGUGAUGAUGACGAUGAUGAUGAUGUUGACUAUGAUGGUGGUGAUGUUAAUGAGGGGGAUGGGGAUGGGGACGAGGACGAGGACGAGGACGAUCCAGACAUGCUCGCUGCCCUUGCUGCUGCGGGGUGGGUGGGAGAAGAGGCGGCAGCUAGGGAGUGCAAGCUGGCAGCAGUGGGGCUGAAGAGGGAGGGGCGGCUGGGGGAAGCCAUGGAUAAACUGAAACAGGCCAAAGGGCUGCAGGCUCGGGCGGAUCAGGCUCGGGCGGAUCAGGCUCCUGUAGGCCAGGCUCCUGCAGACCAGGCUCGGAUGGAAGAGGCUCGGGUGGAAAAGGUUCGGGAUGAAGAGGCUGAUUCGCCCGAGGAAGUGAAGUGCGGGAGGGGCGAGGAAUCACGAGACGUCAUCGGGGGUGACGUGGGUAGUGGCAGUGGUAGUGGCAGUGGCAGUAGUGGCAGUGGCAGUGGCAGUGGCAGUGGUUUUGGUGCUGGUGGUGGGGGUGCUGCUCCUGCUGCUGCUGGUGCAGAUGCCAGUCAGUUUGGUGGCGGCAGUGGUGGUGACCCAGAUAUUGUCAUUGGUGGCGGUGGUGGUGGCGGUAGUGGUGGCGGUAGUGGUGGUGGUAGUGGUGGUGGUAGUGGUGGUGGUAGUGGUGGUGGUAGUGGUGGUGGUGCAGCUACCAGUCAGUUGGGUGCAGCUGUGGUUGCUACCAGCAUGACACCUGCUGUUGCUGCCUUGAUCACUGCCAUGCGACUGCAGCAGCAGCAGCAGGAGCAGCAGGAGCAGCAGCAACCGCAGCCGCAGCAGCAGGAGCAGCAGCAACCGCAGCAGCGAGAGCAGUUGAUAGCAGCAUCAAGGAGCAAGGGUGCAGCAGAGGAGGGUCUUGUGGGCAGGGUAACCGCAGCAGCAGGAGAAAUGCCUACCACAGCAGCAACAGAAGCAAUAGCAAUGGCACCAGCAACAGCAACAGCAACAGAAACCGCAGCAGUAGCAACAGCAGCAGCAGCUAGCUCAAGCAGCAAGAACGAGCUGGAGGCUGAAUUACAGGCAUGCAGGCGAAGGGCCGUGGCUUUCAAGAAGGAGGGCAAGCUGGGGGAGGCGUUAUCUGAGCUCAAGAAAGCCAAGGCGAUCGAGAAACAGCUAGCUGAGACAGGUGGUAACCGCAGUGGCAACAGCAGUGGCAACAGCAUUGGCAACAGCAGUGGUAACAGCAGUGGUAACAGCAGUGGUAACAGCAGUGGUAACAGUGGGUCUGCCGCUCUUGCUGCUCCUUCGGCUUCUCCUGCUGCUACUACUGCUGCACCUGCUGCUGUGCUUCCCAAGAAGGCACCAACACCCCAGCGACGGCCCCCCUCCUCCCCUUCCUCCUUCCUUCAUGAGUCUUGGCUUAGGGGAGGAUGAUGAUGAUGACGAUGAUGAUUUGGGUAUAUUUGACGCUGCUCUUAUGGCAAACCUCCGCAGCCUCGGGCUCGCCGGACCUGCCCCGGGCGGCCGCCAGGCCAGCCAGCCUGCCUCGGCCAAACCUGCCCCCGCCAAGCCUGCAGCAACGGCAGCAGCACCGUCGAAACCAGCAGCAGGCGCUAAACCAGUGGCGUCAGCUCCAGCACCAGCAGCCAAACCAGCUGCUGUUGCUGCUGGUGGCAGUGGGAGUGGGAGUGGGAGUGUGAGUGGGAGUGCGAGUGGGGGUAUGUCAUUGCAGGAGCAGGUGUUGGAGCAGAAGAGGAGAGCGGUUGACCUGAAGAGGGCUGGAGACAUGGCGGGUGCCUUGGCGGCUCUCAAGCUGGCCAAACAGCUGCAGGCGCAGAUGGGUUGAGUGCGGUGACGAUGGGUUUCUAAGCAAGGGGAGAGAGUACGUUGCAGGAGCAGGAUUGGAGCAAAAGAGGAGGGCGGUCAAGCUGAAGAGGACUCGUUCUAGGGAAGGGAAGGAGUGGCAGCAGCAGGUGUGGAGCAGAAGAGGAGGGCAGUCAAGCUGAAGAGGGCUGGAGAUACCGGUAUGAUGGAUGGCCUGGCUGCUCUCAAGCUGGUGAACAGCUGCAGGCGCAGAUGGGUGAGUGCGGUGCUGUGGUGUUCUAGGGAAGGGAAUGGGAGCAUGGGAUGUGUGUGCUGGUUGGUUGGUUGGUUUGUUUUCAUGA